GCCCCGCCGGCCCACGCCCAACUUCGACUCGCGCGCCAUUCAGGAUAUCCUGCAGGGCCGCAGUGCCGUCGGCCCGGCGUUCACGGCCGGCUGGAACACCCCGUCGCCUCCGGCGGGCCGGACCCCGCCGGCGGGCCGCCAUGCCGCCGCCAUGUACUCGCCGACGCCGAUGGACAUGCCGCCGUCAGCCCCGUCACCGGACUCGGUCGCGCCGCCGCCAGACCCGUCACCGGACUUGGUCGCGCCGCCGCCGGACCCGGCCUCGCUACCGGCGCUGGACGAGCUACGCGAUCUGCUGGCGCUGCAUGAACACCAGAUGGCAGCGCUGGUCGAGCAGCAGCGCCGGCAGCGGCGCGCGCUGGAGGCCUCGUUCCGCCGGGUGGAGGAGGCGCCGUCGAACUGCUGA